AACCUUCGUGGUCGCAAUUGUUUGCUCUUUUACGUCUACGUUUCAAAGACCAAGAUCGUAAUACACUGGCGUCGUCUGGACUCUGGAGUUUAACUUUAGGUUUUAAUAUACUGGCAGAACGUCUCAACGAGAACAUACUACAUAAAAAGCCAAAUUAUGGAAUGCUCUCAAAAUAAAGGGGAUCAUGAGGGUGACAAUCUUAUGAACGAUUUUAACUUGGACGAAAAAUACCUUCUUGAAACUGAUAAAGAAAUGAAGGAUGUCAUAUCUUUGGCCGAAAAUCAAGAUAAAACAAAAAACGAAUCCAACAAAUCCAACCAGAAGCCAGUUGUUCACCUUGAUGGAGAUACUCCAAUUUUGGCUUAUAUACACAACUUAAGCCCGUUAAAAAGCAGUCAGCGUAAUAAUUUAUACUUUGAUUUAACGCUACAAACAAGCCAAGGAUCUUACCGAACAGUAUGUUUCUCGCCUGAGAAGCACUCAAAAUGCAAAUCAAAGUCCGAGUCGUCUUCGCCACUAAAGUUAUCAAAAUAUCAAGUGAAAAGAAACACUUUCACGAAUGAAGACGAAAUAUUCAUUAAUAAAAGAACAAAGUUGGAUGAACCACGUGAAGAUGAAAUUAACUUCGACAUACAGUUUCCGUCGAAAUCGAGUGAAAGUGCAACUGGUCUUGCUGCUGUGAAUGUUAAAGACGUCCAAGCCACCACCAACCUCACGUUAGUUACUCUCACUGGUAGAGUAACUUUUCAGGGUUUUGAAGAAACCAUUCUCAAGAACGGAAAGACCCUGCGGAAGCAAGAAGCGGUUUUUACCGAUAAUACUGCGUCAAUUAGACUCGUCUUGUGGGAGCAAGAUAUUAAUAAAGUUGAGUCUGGUUCUUUUUACAAACUCUCGAACACUGUCGUUAGGGAGUAUGAAAAUGAAAAGUAUUUAACUCUGAACAAGAAAUCCAAAAUCGAGAGCACAGUCGCAAAAAUUGAAAGACAAGACGACGUCACUGGGCACAGAUCCUUAAAGUCGGUUGAAUGUCCGGCGGAAGGUGUUGUAUCCCUCAAGAGGUUUUUGUCCUGCAAAAAAUGCCACGUGAAGGUUGCUGCGUUAGCGAAUAAACCAAUUAUUAAAUGCAGCGAAUGCGGUUUAACACAAUUAAAGAAGAAAUGCAAGGAAAGAUUCCUCGCGAAUGUGCUAUUUCAGGAUGGCACAUCCACGACCACCCUGUUGCUGUUUGACGACAAGCUACAGCAACUAUUCAACAUAUACAAAGAACAAAACACUUGCGAUUCCGAGUUUGAGGGAAUUGACGACGAUUUCCUCAUGGAAAUUCUGUUAACUGUUGAGGCGAAAGUACUUUUUAACAACAAAAGAAAUGUUGUCUCCAUAGAGAAGCUUUCUACUUAGAACAUAUAUACAGCAUGCUUAUAUAAACUAUGCUCUUUGACGGUCAACAUUAGAUUGUGCAUGACUUUGUAGCCGAAAACACUUCAGCCAUUCUUACCACUUUGUAGAAGUUUUGCAUGUACUGUUCUGUUAUCUUUGUUCUGUUAUCUUCGUUCUGACAUUUUAAAAUUCCACAGAAACG